AUGACAGCGAGCAGCGUGCCGCUCAAAUCAGUGUGAGAACUAGAGAGCUCCAAUCUGCCUCUUUGUUAAGUUGAGCUAGGGUUUUGACUGGAGUGACAUAGAACAAGAAAUGGAGACGUCUUUAAGAUACGGAAAAGACUCAAAAGCUUUAAGAAUCCAUGCCAAGGAGAAGUUUUUCAUUGAUUCCAAUACACACUUGCAGGUCCAUGGCGAGCUAGAUACAAGAGUGGGAAAUCCAAGUUAUUGUAGUGCAAUGAUCAGACACUUCUACCCAAAUUUAUCAGCAAGCCUUGGGGUGGGCCUGCAAUAUACUAAACAUGAGAAGCUUAGGUAUUUUUUGCGUGCCAAGAAAGGAUUUCCUGCGACAAGUGAUGGUUUGCUAAGCUUUAAUAUCAAGGGAAGAUUCGAUGUUGACAAAGAAUUUAAACAGAAAAAUUCAAGAGGAGCUGCUGAAUUUUGUUGGAGCAUAUUCAAUUUUCAGAGAGAGCAAGAGUUUCGAUUCAAACUUGGCUAUGAAGUGAUUGACAAGAUUCCUUACUUUCAGAUUAGAGAGAAUAAUUGGACGCUCAACGCUGACAUGAAUGGUCGAUGGAACGUGAAGUAUGACUUGUGAAGAAGGAAGACACACUUUGCCUGAGGCAGUAUUUGUAAAAAGAAGUCAUACAAUUAUAAUUCUCUAGCUGGAACUGUAAUGGUGUGAAUCUUGAAUCCUGAAUUGGUUCUUACAUAUCUCUUUUCUUAUCCGAGAUGUCUUUGUCACCCACGAUGAAGGGUCCACUUAUCUCCCAAAUUUUUAUUUUGUAUGCCAUUUAGGUUGAGUUGUACACUGGAAAUUUUCCAUUUGUCAGGUAAUAAUUGAAAAUAUCCAAUUCUGAUUAA